AUGGCCGAGUUCGCAGAGUUUGAUGAUGAGAUAGACCCGGCGCUGUUGCAGCAGCUAGAUGUUAUCGAAGCACAAUAUAUCGGAGCUCCUCCAACGAAACAGCCACUGCCACCGCCACCGCCGGCUGUACCAAAGCCGGCGGCGACGCGGCCCGUCCAGACAACACCGUCGUUCGACCCAUCUCUCGAGGCUUGGCUCUUGCAAGGCUUUGACUCCAUUGAUGACGAAGUCGAGGCAGUCCCUUCUCCUGCGUCAGCCCCUCAACCGGCCCCGCAGCCUCUGGCCGACCGGACAAACCGACCUUCCACGGUUUCGGCGGCCCAUGCGAAACCUGCUGUGCUCACGCAGCAAGGCCUUUUUGGUCAUACACCUCGUCCAAAUGCACCUAUAUCGCAACGUUCCUCGUCUAGCGCGUCAUCACAGCCUUCGCAGGCACCUGCUGAGGUCCAUGCGUCCCAAGGCCACGUCUCUUUAGCUCCUGCGCAUUCCCUGGUCCAUGGCCUGCGCAUAGGCAAGGUAUGGGACAACCGCAUCUUUGUCGAGCAGCAAAAUCGUGUGAUCAAACGUAAGCCGGACGAGGAUGACGAUGAAGAAGCAGCAGCGAUGUUAUUACAGGAGCCUCUGCCGCACAGCUCCCCUCGUCCUAUGAAGCUCGUGUUUGAUCGCGAGCAGGGUCAGUCCUGGAUAUACCCCAUCAACAAACCGCUUCGUGACUACCAACUGAAUAUCGUACGCAAGGCUUUGUUCAACAAUGUCCUUGUCGCUUUACCUACCGGUCUUGGCAAGACGUUCAUUGCCGCGGUGGUCAUUCUCAACAUGUUUCGCUGGUUCCCAGACGGAAAAAUCAUUUUCGUGGCGCCUACGCGCCCUUUAGUCACACAGCAGCAGCAAGCAUGCCAUAGCAUAUGCGGCCUGCCAUGGGACACAGCGAUUGAACUUACCGGGUCUACCAAGCGCAGUCUGCGCGACGACGAAUGGCACAUGAAACGUAUUUUCUACAUGACGCCACAGACCUUUGAGAACGAUCUGUUAUCUACGACGUGCGAUCCUCGUGAUGUCGUCUGUGUCGUCGUCGACGAAGCUCACAGAGCGACUGGCAACUACGCGUACUGCAAAGUCAUUCGGCAUCUUAUGUACUACAAUCCCCAUUUUCGCGUACUGGCACUCACAGCGACGCCCGGCAACAAGGCGGAGAGGGUCCAGGAAGUGGUAACGAAUUUGCAUAUCAACCGAAUCGAGAUUCGGACUGAGGAAGCGCUUGAUAUCCAGCCGUAUAUCCAUGGGAAGAAAGAAGAGCUGGUACGCGUUUCUCUAGGUGCUCCACUUGAAAGUCUACGUGCGACCUGGGGCAAACUCAUGGUACAUUAUUACGAGCCUUUGCAGCGAAAUGGCAUUUUGCGGCCCUGCGAUCCACUCCAACUCCGUUCGUUUGCGGUACGAUCGGCGGGGAGUGAUUCACAUGGACGUGCGAUUCUGCAAAGUCGUCCGUUCCUGCGUGGUCAUUUGCAGCAGCUGGCCAAUAUGGCCCUGAUUACACAGUACCUCUCUGAGCAAUCUGUGCGUGUGUUUUGUGAAAGGGCUAUGGCGAUGUCGAGCCCUGGAAAAGGGCGUACGAAGCGUGAGCAGCUCUUUUCUACAUCCAAUGGGGAAUUCCGGGAGUUGGUCGAAAAGAUCGAGCACGUCCAGGCAGAUGCGCAUCUCCUCUUGCACCCCAAAAUGCACAAACUCCGGGAGGUGUUGAUGAAGCACUUUGAUCAGCAUUGUAUCCGCCAACUUCAGCACGAAGAGACACGCCGCGAGACGCGUGCCAUGGUGUUCUGUUCGUUCCGCGAAGUGGUUACCGAGAUUGUCGAUAUGCUCAACCAAGCGGGGCUGUCAUCUACGCCGUUCAUUGGCCAAGCGAGUGAUACGAAAGGCAAUCGUGGGUUCACCCAAAAGAUGCAGGAGCAAGUGAUUCGCGACUUUCAGCAAGGCAAAUAUCAAGUCUUGGUCGCAACGUCCAUUGGCGAAGAAGGCUUGGAUAUCGGCGAGAUUGACCUGAUUGUCUGUUACGAUGCUGUGCGUGACUCGGUCCGCGGACUGCAGCGUAUCGGGCGUACAGGCCGUAUGCGUGAUGGGCACGUUGUGGUACUGAUGACAGAAGGUCGAGAAGAAAACAACUGGGCACAGUCGAAAGAGUCAUACAAGAGUGUGCAGCGCUUGGUCAACUCUGCGAAUAUGAUUGAGCUGUACACGGACGUAUCGCGGCUAGUCCCUGACGCCGUAAAACCCAAGCCUGUGAUGCAGUGCGUCGAACAGCCUCCGUUUGAUCCAUCUGUGCUCAAACCCGCGCCGAAGCCACGGCAACGUGCGCCUCCCAAGAAACGUGGACGUGCUGUACCGCAAGGCGACCUCUCGCGCUUUUGCUCGGCGGCUGAAUUGCAUCGUCGCGACGAGCAUCGUGAAGAGUCUCUUGCGCCCGUCUCACACGUCCCUGCCGAGAAACCAGCCCCAUCGUCGUCCCGCAGCUCCACCUUGCUACGGUCUUCGUCGCUUCAAGGCACUUCCAAUCUCUCCGACGAUUCCGAUGAUGCAGAGCUUCAUGCAGAUGUGUCUACCUAUUCAUGGUCAUCCAGUGACCGCUCUGGGACCGACGCACCUCGUCGGCAUGCGCCUCAUCCCCUUAUCGCCGAAUUGGAUCGAAACGAGGCUGCAGAUGCAGCCCCACCACCUUCACCGUCCCUCGCUGUGCCUCCAUCGCCCUCUCUCUCGCGAUCCAAUCCCGACCCGGUUUUGUCGUCGCCACCAGUGCAGCGUACACCGCCUCCGAAGCGUGGACGGGCCAAGCGACGUCGUAUUGGCGCCUCGCCCACCAGUCGCCUGCUUUUCUGCCAUGAGGCAGAGCGUGAGACCGACUCGGAGGAGCAUGGCGAGUCGGAUGAAGACGAUGAUGGCCCGUCGUCCUCUGAAGAAAACGAUGAAGACCGUGCGCAUGUGGGCGACUUUGAGGCGACUCAGCAAGAAGGCUACAACCAACAAAGUGUAUACUUGCAAUCCAUGCUCUCCCAAAAUGCGCCUACCCCCUUCCGACGUCGCGACCGGCUGGAAUCCCUGCUCCGCCGACGUGAUGCGCUUCGUCCCUCGUCUGAAGGCGAGGCGCCAUCCAUGGACGAUUAUUCCCAAGACUCUUUUGUGGUGGGCGACGACGAAAUCUCCUGGGCCUCAUCGCAGGAAAGUAUUCUUUUAUAG